CUAUGAUUGUUGCCGAUUCACAUAACCAACUUCCUGGUAGUCUGACUGGGAUAUCUACCUCACCAUCUUGACUCGACCUCGGUCAGUCAAGACCAACGUCAAAGUCAAGAUGGACGAGAAACGUUCAUCAGGCGCUGCUAUCAACAGAACUAGUGCUCUUCCAAGACCUUCGUCGCGUCUCCCUCUUCCUCGAUCGAGUGUCAUUGCUACUCCCCAGACGCAACAGACGCAACAGAUUCCCGAACCCGUACGUGGACGCUCGACCCAACCCGCAAAUUUAGGGAAUGCCUCAAAAUCUCGACUUCGCGCACCACCUUCCAAGGAACAGCUUAGCACAGCCUCCACCGUACGCAAGACUCAGAGAUCCAAUGCGCCACCCGUGAGCUCCCAAAACAACCGUCGAGAAUCCAAUAUCAGAAGUCGGAGCACAUCAUGUGGACCAAAACAAUCACAACUUUCGGCGCAGCGGAGCCGAGAUUUCCGCGAGGACUCUUCGAAGAGAACCCCGGCUCCCAAACGACAACUAUCCGCUCAAUUCCCCCGUGUCUCCCCUUCUCCUACAAUAUCACGGAGAGGACUAUUGACACCAGAAGGGUUCGCCGAUGAUGAAGAUGUUGCCGUCGACUCACAUCCAGCCUUCACAAAUUCCACCGAAGAAGAUAUUACCAUUGACAACCCUCGAGCACAAUCGAGGAAGUCCCGCCCUUCGCUUUCAGAAAGGACAGUUGAGACUCUCUCACGGUUGCCCUCUUCUCCCGCUUUCAAGCGCCGCGGCAGCAACUUUUUUGAGGCAGAUGGGCUUUCAAGACCCCAAUCCAAGGGCAGUAUGGGGUCAAGGUCGAGGCCCGGCUCAAGACCGGGCUCUAGUUAUCAAUCAGAUGGUUCGACCGUACGCUCAGCCAGAUCGCUUAGUCGGCCAGGGUCCAGCUCCGGGCAGCCUGAUAACUUGUACACUAACUUCCGGGCUUCUACCAACACUCACAAGCCACCGGUAUCAGGGGUCCUAGGGGCAGCGGCAAAGAGAGGCUUGGCUGGCAACUCCAAACCUCCUGUUAGCAAAGCCACUCCGUCGUUCACUCCGCGGUCCAGCUUAACGAAGGUCGCCUCUCGGUCUUCAUUGUCAGUUCCACUUGGAUCUCGUUCGCCAAGUCCGGAGAAGCGUGCCGAGCCUGCGGCCUUUAAGCAGGGGUACAAGACAGUUGCUGGGCGGCCCCUGAAGCCGAGAGCUUCCAUAAACAGUUUAUAUAGGAAACCAUCACUACCUUCUCUGGAUAAACCGCUGCUCUCAGAAGCUCCCUCUCAUCCUUCUCGCAAAGCUUCACUUGCGUCCGCUAAAUCGUCUAGUACAUCUGGUGACGGCCGCAACCUGUCGAGUGCCUCCACUACUUCAACGGCAUUGACGGUGGAUUCUAUUGAGGAGGCCUCGGGCUCUACUGCACGCAAGUCAUCGGCUGCCCUACGAGACCAGAUUGCAAAGGCAAAGGCCGCGAAGCGAGCCGCAACCAAGCAAGCCCCAGCCACCAAGAUCUCCGAUUCCCAUGAAGCGCCGGUCAUUCCUACCGAUACGACGUUUGAUUUUGGCUUGUCAGAUGAUCCGUUCGGUCAACGCAAGUUUGAGGAUGCAAACCGCAAGGUUAUGCAAUCCAGAAUCAACACUGCUAGAACCACCGGAAAGCUCAACAUUGCAGCGAUGGGCCUAAAGCAGAUUCCCCCCGAGGUUUUGAAGAUGUAUGAUCUAGAGUCGGUAGAUGGUGCUGGCAUUGCAUGGGCAGAAAGUGUGGAUAUUACUAGGCUGGUAGCUGCUGACAACGAGCUGGAAACGAUCGACGAUGCCAUCUUCCCAGAUAAGAACCCGAGUGACACAAAUGAAGAUGACGUUGAGGGUCAUUUUUUCGGAGGGCUAGAGUCGCUGGAUUUACACGGCAACAUGCUGAUAGCUUUACCCAUGGGUCUAAGGCGUCUCCAGUUGUUGACCUCGUUAAACCUGGCCUCCAAUAAGCUCACCAACAACUGUCUCGAAGUCAUCUCGCAGCUCACUACAGUCCGAGAUCUCAAACUUGGCAAGAAUCUUCUAUACGGUCGUAUGGAGAAGAAUUAUUUUGCAAACUUGAUCAAUCUCGAAAUUCUGGAUCUUCAUGGAAACAACAUUUCAUCUCUUCCAGAUGGAAUUGACAAGCUAGUGCGCCUUCGCAUGCUAAACUUGAAUGAAAAUGCCUUGGAAGAUUUGCCAUUUGAAAGCCUCUCAAAGCUCCCACUCACCGAGUUACAAGCUCGUAAGAACAAACUCUCCGGGACGCUUAUUGGUCCCAGUGUGAGGAGUUUUCCUCAGCUUCAAAUUCUCGAUGUGGCGGCAAACCAAAUUCGACAGAUAGUAGACGGCGCCCAGCCCCUAAGCCUUCCAUCUCUUCAUCAGCUCACCUUGUCCAUGAAUAGAAUUAUCUCGCUUCCCGACAUGACCUCUUGGACCAAUCUUCUCACCAUCAACGCUGACGAGAACAGUAUUGCUGCUUUUCCCGAGGGAUUUCUGGGUCUUGAAAAUCUGCGCCAUGUUGACUUCACAAGCAAUGACAUCCGGAUCAUACCUCCCGAGAUUGCUCGAAUGAACAAUCUUGCCAUGCUACGAAUCACGGGCAAUCCCUUGAAGGAUAAGAAGUUCACAUCAUUGACGACGGAAGAAUUGAAAGAUGCAUUGGCGCUAAGAUUAGAGCCGUUACCUCCAAGUGAAGUCGGAGGAAUCGAAAAUUUCGGCAAUGGAUUUUCACGCGACCCACCUCCAAAAAACAGAAUCACCACGAAUAAUCUGGGGAAUUGCAAGGUCGAAGAAGAGGAGGGCCGCUCAGAGCUUGAUGACUUUACCACGCCACCGACCUCGACACCGACCUCGACAGCUAACUCGACAACGAACUCCCCUGCUCGCUCCCGAUCACAUACAUUAACCAGCCAAACAUGGCCGAUUAAGCCAGGCGGUCUUCUCGAUCGGUCGAAUACCGAAUCAUCCUCGUUACAUCCGGUCGUGUGCUCAAAAAUCGCAGUAGCCCAUACUAUUCGUGAGGUACGACUUCAACAUAAUACGUUUACACAAUUUCCAAAUUCAUUAUCAUUCUUCGCCGACACUAUCACGUCUCUAUCCAUGGCAGAUAACCAACUCACGGGUGAGAGUUGGCUGACGGAGCCCAUUGAUCUCACUGCUCUAAAAGAACUCUCUCUUGCCACGAAUUUCAUCACCAGUCUUACGCCACUUACCACGAAUUUUUGCGCACCAAACUUGCAAAAGGUGGAUUUGUCAUUCAACAGAAUAGUGAAACUUCCGACCCUGCGAGAUUUUUUCCCCAGUCUUACGAUGCUUCUCAUCUCCAAUAAUCGGUUAGAAGAGAUCGAGCCCGUGUCUAUUAAGGGGAUGAAAGUGGUGGAUGCGAGCAACAAUGAAAUCUCGCAUCUACAUCCUCGCAUAGGGCUCUUGGGAGGUACUGGGGGUCUCGAGAAAUUCGAGGUUACGGGAAACCGCUUUAGAGUACCGAGAUGGAAUGUGCUCGAGCGUGGAACGGAGGCGACGCUCCGGUGGCUCAGGGGCAGGGUGCCGGUAGCUGAGAUGGCAGAGUGGAGGGCCAAGGCAGGUGAAGGUGAAGGCGAAGGCUCAGAGGACGACGUGGAUUAAUAAUUAAUAUGUUGGCGUCGGUAUAUAGCAUGUCGUCAAUUUCUGGUCCGGGCGUCUUGGUGGUCAUAACGCGAUAUCUUGUCCAAGGUACCGAUGUAGUGAUUGAUAAGAGAUACCUGUUUGGCUCCGUACGAGGGCAUAUAGGUAUGAUGGAGGUUUGGGUUGAAUUACAGUCGAGAAUGCGUUGGCAUACUUGUCGGGGAGUUUGUCUAUGAAAAAGGAUGGGAAAGGGGGGAAAGGGGUAUGAAAAGCAGUUAUGUACCUCUAUACCUAUGUAAUACUGUUUGAUUCCAAGAUGACAUUCAAUGUAACUACUUACAUAUUGUUUGUUACCUUGUUAUAAGGGAAUGCCUACUACUUCGAUUGAUUGAGUGUAGUUCUAGCCUGCUUAUAUCUAUUUGAUCA